UAAAGCCGCAUGCCAAACAAAAGUCACGCAUCACACAUAUACAAAGCACAACUGGAUAGGAUAGGCACAACAAAUUAAACACCCUGAUAAUGCAAGAGGGGCUGAUGACCACGAUGAUCAGAGCCCAAGAACCCAUCUCCAAUAUUUCUUCUCAUCAUCCCACCUGGAAACUGUACGAGAAUCCCUUUUACAUCAAUCCCCACAACAACAACAACAAUAAUAAUCAUAGUUCCCCUGUCAUCAAACCCCAAAACAACCAAAUUCAUCGUCUACAUCUCCCCAUCUCUGCGCGCAAAAUCGCGGCAUCUUUCUGGGAUUUAACGUUUGUAAAAUCUUCUUACAUGGUAUCAGAGCUUGAGGCGGCCCGGGCCCAGAUCCUGGAGCUGAAGGCCGAGCUAGAACUCGAGCGCAAGAGCCGCAAGAAAGUGGAGUCCACGAACAAGAAGUUGGCCCAAGAGCUCUCCGAGGAGAGGAAACACAAGGACACAAUGCAGAGGAUGUUAAACCGCCUCGCCACCGAGGCGUCAUCGGAAAAGGCUCAGAUCAAGCAGGUGAAGAAGGAGAUGGAGGAAGAGCGAAAGAUGCUCCGCGUGGCGGAGGUUUUAAGGGAAGAGAGAGUUCAAAUGAAGCUCUCAGAGGCCAAGUUUUUGUUCGAGGAAAAAAUGAUGGAACUGGAGAAUCUCCACCUCGAAAAACCUCCAAAAUCUCCCGACAAGACUCGAGACAACAACGUUAGCCGCACACAAAACAUUCCAACAUCCUCUGUUUCCUGUUCUUCUAACCAGAACAGAGCAGUGGUGAUCAAUAAUAAUCCAAGAAAAGCUUCUCCUGAGCCAGAAAACCCACACAUCAAAAGAGGGAUCAAAGGAUUCGUGGAGUUUCCGAAGGUGGUUAAAGCAAUCGGAUCAAAAAGCAGGCAGUUGAGCACAAAGUUGGAGUGUCAGAAAGCACAGUUAAGGUUGCUUCUCAAACAGAAAAAUCCUGUUCGAUCCAACAUUGACCUUCUCACAACCUAAUUAUAAGUUUGCUGCAGGUUUUAGUCUAUGCACUUUUUGAUCGGUUGAUGUUUUGCUGUUUCAAGUUUUACAGUGUUUUCUUAGGGAAUCAUCAUACAGUGUUUGCCUUAGUAUACAUAUUUUUGUGAUUGUAAUUGAUGUAAAAUAGGCAUGUUAUAUGAGGUUUGUUACUGGGAACCUUUCAGUUUCUUAUGAAUUUCAUGUUGGUUUAUGUAUUAAAAUGUGAUAAAUAGAAUAAAAGAAUUUAUAUAGUAUUAUAAA